GGCUUACCUUAAGCAAGGCCCGAGUCAAGCUGACCGAUAAUACUUUUUUAACUGGAUCAUUAUGGACACUAACAGCAUGGAUCCAUUUAAUGGUCUCUAUGUGGGAGCAUUUAGUCCAUAUGGACCAGAAAUUGUGCAGCUCCGUCAGAAGUUCGGCCACUGGAAUAGUUCCGAUGACGUUGAGUUUUUCGAGUAUGUCGAAGCAGUAAAGUUGACUGGUGAUCUGAGUGUCCCUGCUGGCCAGAUAACAUUUCGUGCGAAGAUUGGGAAGGGCAAGCGACUUGAGAAUCGGGGCGCGUAUCCAGAGGAAUUCGAUUGCCAGUUAUAAAGGUCAGGGUAGAAUAGCUCAGCCUGGAUUCAAAAAUCCUCGAUGGGUGGAUGGUGAGCUGUUGGUGCUCAAUGGCAAGGUAGACUGAAAUACCUAUGGUGGUUCUUUUCAUCUGUAGUCAACAUUCCUGAAACUGAUAACUAAGUAGUACAUACAGGCAUAACGUACAAUCUGGCAGACUAUAACAGU